AGAAGCCGCAUCAUUAUAUUUCAUUGUUCACGUUACAUUAAACAUGUUACCAAUAACAAAAAUACCCGAGAGUCGCAUUAAGAAAACUAUACAAAUAAAUUAUAGAAGUGACUUAGAAGAUUUUCUGAUGCUAUUUGGUGAAGAGCAAACGUGUCUACCGAGUAUAACCCAAAAAUUCGCAACCGAAAUAGACAAUUUUGCAGUGCGUAAUGACGACGUAAUCGUUGCAUCGUUUCCAAAAGCAGGAACGACAUGGACACAAGAGAUGGUUUGGUCGAUCAAAAACCGUGCCAAUUUCGAAGGGGCGUCUUUGAAUAUCUACCAACGGUUUCCCAUGCUAGAAGCGUGUGGCCUACCUUCGCUGCUCACGACCGGAGAGCCCUUCAUUUUGAAUUCGCUCGAAUAUCUUGGCCAAAUUAAAGGUCAACGGCUAAUUAAGACCCACCUCCCGUUCUCGUUGUUGCCCAAAGACAUACAACUGCAAAGGAAGAGUCCAAAGAUUAUCUACGUGGUAAGGAAUCCAAAAGACGUUUUCAUUUCGUACUUUAAUCAUACCCGCAUAAUUGAUGGAUUUAAGGGGAACCUGGAAGACUUUGCCGACCUCUUUCUGAGUGACAGCGUGGUUUUUGCUCCGUUCUGGAAACAUGUCUUUGGAUUUUACAACCGCAAAGACCUACCAAACGUUCUCAUACUCAAAUACGAGGAUAUGAAAAAGAACCUUAAAUCGGAAAUUGUGAGAGUGUCUCAAUUUUUGGAGGAGAAACCGUUAACUGACGAUGAAUUGACGUUGAUAGGUAGACGUUUGGAUUUCAACUUUAUGAAGAACAACCCAUCGGUAAAUCAUCAGUGUUUUUCUGACGAGAUGAAGCGGAAGAAUCACCAGUUGGAAGGAGAUUUUAUGAAAUCGGGAUCAGUCGGUGGUUACAAGCGGGAAAUGACAGACGAAAUGGUGCAAAAAUUUGACAGGUGGAUUGAAGAAAAUAUAACAGACACAGAGUUAUAUGAGAAAUAUUGGUUUGGAGCCUAACAUGAUGUUUUUUAGCAAUUAGUUCGAUUCUGAUUUAAGAAAAACUGUUUUAAAGGCAAUGAUGACUUUGUAUCCCUUCCAUAAAUAACCCACCUUUCACUGGGAUUGAUCUCAGUGCUUCUUAUUGUUUCUUUCUGUUCGGAUACUUUAUGAAUUUUCAUCAAAAUUUUGAUUAUUCGUUAAUAACCGCAAGUCUUUGAUUUUUCUUAAGCAAUAGCUUUACGAUUAGCGUAUUUGGUAAAAAUGUGCAAUAUUUUAUAAAAUUUCAAUUUUUUACAAAAACGCUUAAUUCUUAAUGGAAAACGUAGGGCUGUUUUCUUUUCAAACAAAAUUUUUGAAAAUUUUAAUCAGCUUUCUUCCUUCUUUCUAUCCUUUCUUCUUUCCAUUCUUCCUCUCGUUCUUCCUUCCUCCGUUCCUGGAGUCGGGAGUAUUGGGUAUUGGGUACUUGAAUAUUUGACUGAGAAUGUUGAUCUUUGAAUUUGGAACUUUAAGCAGUAAAUGUGUUCAAUCAAACCACCGAAUUUUACGUAUUGGACCCUAAGCCCUUAAC